AACUGUGAUUCAAUGAACCAUGGCUGAACCCAAAGAGAAGAACGAUGAAAUUAUCUAUAUGGACGAAGUUAACGAUGAAAUAUCGCAUCCACUGGCUGUUAAUGAGCUGGAGGCAAUAAUUAGACCACGCUCUGGUUCUAUGCUGGAGACGGACAACACGAACAAUCCACCACCAACUACCGGGCCUGAAAUUGAUGACCUUGGGCCGGACGAGAAACCACCGAUUGGGUUUAAUCCAGGAGUGGACGAUGGGCUUUUACCAAAUGCUCCAGAGUUUCCAGUUUCAGGCAGUAGCAAUCCAUUUUUCCCACUGCCACCUGUUCAAUCGACACCUGAUGUGAAUAUCUAUCAGCACAAAAAGACACUUGCUCAGGGGAUGAUGGAUUUGGCUCUUCUGUCUGCAAAUGCAAACCAAUUGCGGUAUGUUCUACAGACUGAUGGUGGUCAUCCAUAUUAUUACCCUUCACUAGUGAUGAUAGCUGCCAGUUUGUUAUUGCAAAUUGCUGUGGGUAUAGGACUGAUUUGGAACAGCAGGUAUAAUGUAAAGAGAAGAAGUGAAAUGUGUAAGGCUGAAAUAGCUAACAACUGGACAGUAAUUGGUAUAUUUCUGGUGACAAUUUUGAAUGUUUUCAUAUCAUCAUUUGGUGUUAUCGAUCAAGUAUCUAUUGCACCACCCUGAGGAUACCAGUGAAAAUAAGUUAUGAAAUAAUGUGUGAACAUUUUUAAAAUGUCUUGUACAUACUUGUAAGUUCAAUGUGUUUGUUUCAUGAUUGAAACAUUAUCUUAAUUUAUAUUUUUUUAU